AGAAAAAAAAUAAAAACGAUUCUUACUCUCCUCAAUCGUUGCUUUCACCCUGCACGGAUCUCUGUCUCUUCCCAAUCCCUUACGAAACCCGUUACGUAAAUCUCUCUCUUUCUCUCUCUCUCCCCCGCCUUUUCUCUCCGCUAGGGUUUCGAGAAAAAAAACUAGUAAUAAAACGAAAGAAAUCAAAUCUCAGAUUGUGUCAAAGUCUUUUGGAUGACCUUGCUAAGACUUCUGAACUAUGACAUCAAGUAUGUUAACCGCAGAGCGCAGAUGGGCUUCUGCAAGAAAAGGUGGCAUGAAAGUUUUGGGGAAAGUUCCAGUUCCAAAACCAAUAAACCUACCCAGCCAAAGGUUAGAAAAUCAUGGUCUGGACCCAAAUGUUGAAAUUGUGCCCAAGGGUACUCAUAGCUGGGGCACCAGAUCAUCUUCUUCCACACCUAAUGCCUGGGGUUCUUCAACGCUUUCUCCAAACACUGAUGGUGGUAGUGGUUCUCCAAGCCAUCUCAGUGGCCGCCCUUCAUCUGGUGGAAGUGGCACUCGACCAUCAACUGCAAGCAGUGAUAGAACCCAUGAACCCAUCACUAAUGCAUGGGGUUCAAAUUCUAGGCCAUCUUCGGCAUCAGGAGCAUUGACAUCAAAUCAAACAUCACCUGUGCCGCUGCGUCCUCGCAGUGCAGAAACAAGACCUGGUAGCUCACAGUUAUCUCGGUUUGCUGAACCGUUGUCUGAUAAUUCAGUGGCAUGGGGUACAACUGGAACAGCAGAAAAGUUGGGUGUGACAUCCUCUAAGAAUGAUGGGUUUUCUUUGACUUCUGGCGAUUUUCCAACACUGGGUUCAGAAAAAGAAAUCUCUGGAAAAAACUUGGAGUCCCAAGACCAUGGUUCUUACAGUCGUCCUGGUUCGUCAUCAAGUGUAGUAGCUCCAGGGAAGGAGAGUACUGGAAAUUCUGCAGGUGAUGCUUCUAUAAAGACAAAUGCAAAAAUUGAAUCUGCAAAUUCUUGGAGGACAGAGAAUCCCAUGUAUGGUGAAGAUGGGUUGAGGCCUAACAUGGAGAAGUGGCACCUUGAUCCCCAUUUGUAUCCUAAUUCUAAUAUUCAUCAUCAGAAUUAUGAUUCUUGGCGCAGUCCCCCUGUAAAUAAUCAUCCUGGUGGUGUCUGGUACAGAGGGCCUCCAGGAGGUCCGCCUUUUGCACCCCCGAUUGCUCCUGGUGGCUUUCCAAUAGAGCCAUUUCCUUAUUAUCGACCACAGAUUCCCCCUGCUGCUCUUGCCAACCCACAGCAAGGUCCUCCACCAGGAUCUGGACCAAGAGGACCACAUCCGAAGAAUGGAGAUGUGUUCAGACCCCAUAUGCAUGAUGCCUUUAUUCGCCCAGGCAUGCCAUUUGGGCAUGGCUUUUAUCCUGGACCAGUCCCUUAUGAGAACUAUUAUGGUCCUCCUGUGGGCUACUGCAAUUCCAAUGAUCGAGAUAUUCAGUUUAUGGGAAUGACAGUGGGUCCUGCUCCCUAUAACAGAUAUUCCGGUCAAAAUACUCCUGAUCCUGGAAAUUCCCAUGGAAGACCUGGUGGAUAUGGCCCUAGUGGUCACACAAUGGUUUCUGAACAGCUUGAGUCUGGUCAUCAACAAGAUGCCCGAGGACCAUACAAAGUCCUUAAGCAGCAUGAUGGUUCAGAGGGAAAAGAUGAAGAACACAAGUGGGAUGCCAUGAUGACAACCAACACAUCAUAUCCUGGGAAGGCAGACCAUCAAAGAAAGUCACCGUGGGAGAAUGGCUGGAGAGCAGAUGACAAGAAAAAUGGAGAGAGAGAUACAAGAAGAUAUGGAGAAGAAUUUUCUUUUGAGGCCACUGACAACCAAGGAGGUGCUAAAGUGAAACCUCUUGAACAUGUGGGAAAUUGGAAGGCUGCUGCUGAUAGUUCAGUUAAGGAAUUGGAACAUUCAGAACAUGCAGCAUCUGCUUUUCCAGAAGUUCCAGCAGCCCCAAAAGAUCCCAGUCUGAUUAGGAAAAUAGGUUUAAAUGCAAAGGCCCAGGCCUCUGAUGGAAGGCAAGAAGUUAAAUUUGUUUUCAGUAGAGAGGAGCAGAAGAAUAGGUUACAAGUUGGUAAUGCCAAGUCUAAUCAUUCUGCAAAUGAAGCUGAUACUAGUUAUGUAUCUCAAAGAAUUCAUGUCAGUUGCAUUAUUGACGCUGGUUUCCAUGAAGACCGCAUUUCUGCUGCAGAUAAGAGCCUUGAGGUACAAAAUGCUAACGAAACACCAAGCUCCAGGAGAUCAACUCAAGGUAUGCAUGGAAGAUCUGAUCAUCAUGGAAAAGGGAGGUUUAUCACCCAAGAGCCUGAUAGGUGGCAGAGAAGAUCCCAAGUUGUAGACUCGCCGUGUGUUUUGUCUUCUCAUUUUGAAAGUUCUAAUGUUUAUAGGCAAGACCAUAGUUUUGCGGAGGCAACUGAAAAGUCUGGGUUAUGUCAUCAAGGGAAGGAUGAUGGAGUAUCUGUGCCGCCUCACCCUGAUCCUGGUGAUAGCCAGAUACAACAUGCUAAGAUGGAAGAGCUAGCUAUUCAACGGAUUAAACAGCGAGAGAAGGAAGAGGAGGAAUGGGAAAGAGAGCAAAAGGCUAAGGCACUUGCAAAAGAGUUGAAUAAGUGGACAAAAGCAGCAGAAAGUUUAAGUGAGGUGCUGCCAGAGAAGCCAAAGGUGACCCAUAAGGAGUCCAUUGUGAUACAUGACCAAUUGGAACCACUGCUACAGGAUGUUAGUCAUGCUGAUGCUGAUCACCCUGAUAAUGCCCCACAGAUUCAUGACAGUAGAGCUUCUAAGCAGAAGCGUGUGAGCUACAGACAGAAGCAGAAUGGUCCCUUGGGAAAGACCUCCAAUGAUAAGUUAUCAUCUUCUACAACUGAAGCACCAAAAAAUGUCACUGAUAUAGCAGCUAAUGCUCCUGUUUCUCAUGAGGGUGUGAACAAAUUUACCUCAAACUCAGAAUCAACUUUACCCAUCAACCCAACUGUGGCCGAGUCUUCAGUAAAUCAUAGAAGGAAGAACAGGAAUGGAAAGAACAAACACAAAAUGGAUGAUGCAUCAACAUUGGCAGUUGUAACACCAACUCUAUCAAAAGAAUCAGCUGCUGCUUUAGACACUUCAGCUGAAAGUGGCAAGUCGGCUUCUGAAUCUCUUUUGGAUCCAAGCUCAUUUCAGCCUCAGACUGAUUCUAGAGAUGGAAAUCAGUCCAUGGAUCAAUGCACAUCAUCACCAAACGAAGAAGCUCAUGGAAGAGUAAAUAACCAGUGGAAAGUGCAACAUCUUCGCAGGAUGCCAAGGAAUCCACAAGCUAAUAAAUCGACUGAAAAAUUCCCAAGUGGUGAUGCUGUUAUCUGGGCUCCUGUUCGGUCACAAAGUAAAAUUGAGGCUGCUGAUGAAGCCACUCAGAAGAACGUGGCUGAUGCCAUUAGUGCACCCAUGAAGAGUGAUCAGCAAGUGCAGAAUAAUGCAAGAACUAAACGGGCAGAAAUUGAAAGAUACAUUCCAAAACCUGUAGCCAAAGAAAUGGCUCAGCAAGGAAGUAGUCCCCAGUCAGUGGCUCCAUUAAUCAAUCAGAUUACACCAGAUGAGACUGCUGGAAAACCCGAAUCUGGUUCUCCAAGUGUUGAAAGUUCUCAAACCUCUUCCACAGGCAUGGGAAAGGUAGGAUCCACUUUGGAAGCUAAGAAUGGGGAUGGCAGGCAAAAUAAGUCUGGAAAAAUGCAUGGAUCAUGGCGCCAGCGGGGAUCAGCAGAAUCAACCACAUCUUUUACAAGUAGGAAUGUUCAAAAAUCAAUUGAGCAUCAAGUCCAGAAACCUGAUGUAAGUUCACCAAAAGAGCAAUUGAGUCAUUCUGAUGAAUGGAAUGAGCCUGAUGGCAGGAACAUUCCUGAAAAUAUUGAUGUGCCAGUCACUACCCUUGCUAUAAAAGAUCAGGGUGCAACAGCCAGAGGUAGGCGGCAAUCAUACAGGGGACAAAAAGGCACAGGAUAUAGCCAUGAGCCUGAUGAGAAGAGAAUUAAUACUGGGGACACCGAAAAGGUUUAUGUCCAAACUUCAGGCUCAGAGAUGCAUCAAGCUGACUUCCCUGCAACUUCAAAAGAAAAUCGGUCUGUUGGGGAAAGAUCAGCAUCUCAUUGGCAACCUAAAUCUCAGCCAUUUUCAGCAACUAAUCAGCGAGGAAGCAGGACCAAUGGUGGUCAGAACACAGGCUCUGAAGUUGGUAGGGGUAAUAAAAAGGAUUCCAGUUCCCAAACUUUCAUGCCACUGUUGUCUCAACCUGGCAGGGAUAUUGCUACAGUUAAGGCCCGGCCUCAUCCUGAACGCUCUCUAUCUGAAAAGAGCAUUUUGGAAGAAGUUCCACGCACUGCACAUCAAGAGGGUAAGAAUGGAAGGAAGAUACCUUCACAUAAAGGACAACGUCCUAGUAGCCCAGUUGAACCAUCUCCUUUGAAUAUGGAUUUUCAACAAGAGCAACGUAUAUCUUCAGGGUUCCAAAAAAAUGGAAACCAAAACAGCUGUUUUGGUGGAGAGCAUGAUUCUCGUGGCGAUUGGAGUGGUUCUGGGAAAGAUAACAAACAACACAACGUACCUGCAAACCGUGAAAGGCAGAUACAGAAUACACAUUAUGAGUGCCAGCCAGUAGGGCCACAAAAUACUUACAAAGCUAACAAUUUUGAAUCUUCAAAAGAUGUUUCCCAUAAUUCUGUUGCAAGGUCCAGGGAGAGAGGUCAGGGUCGCUCAAGGCAUGGCGGGGGAAACUCUCAUGGAUGGCAAACUGGUAGUAGUGUUCGAGUAGAUGCCAAUUAUGAUUAGGGAUGCAACUCUCAGAUCUGUUCUGGUGUGUCAAAAAACCAUGCCUCCAUAAAAGUUUGGGCUUGAUCCCUCACAGUUUCAGGUAUUUUAGUUUAGGUAGUCAUAUUCUGCUGUAAAUGAUAUUGGAUCAUCAUCAGCUGAUGGCAUAUUAAUUGAGCAGGGCUUGUUGCAACACAGAUGCGUCCAGGAAAAAGAAGAAUACGGACAGACAGACAGGAGGCCCUUGGAUGUGGUUGAUUUAUUUUCUUUUUUUUUAAGAUGUAUUUGAUCUGAGCAGUGUAAUUUGGUGACUGGUCGCAGUGUGUUAGCUGUGGAACCCUAGAUAUGUUUUGAGCAGUGUAACUAGUGAUCUAUAUUCCUUUUAUAUGAACACCGGAAAGAAUGAAGUAGAGGAGCUAUCCUGGUUCUCCCACAUUUAUCCCA